AUGUCUCCAGAAGUGACAAAAGCUAUCUCCGAAAGCGAACCCAAGUUGAUAGACACCACGAAUAUCUAUGCUUUAUCAGAUAUCUCGACAUCUGAGGGGUCUGGUGCAACCGACCUAGGUCAAGAUUCAGCAUCAAGCCCCGUGAUAACAGUCCCCAGUGGCAAUCCCCCAGCACCGUUGCCAGGUCCUGAAGCCGAGCACAAUGGAGCGAACGGUCGUGAGGGACCUCUUCCCACUGUAAUAAGUUCCGAAACAACGGCGGCAACUGAUCCCAAAUCCCCGUUGGACCCUAGCAACUCUAUAAUGGACGCAGACAUCCCUCUCUCCUUCGAGUGGUCAGACGCGCAAUUGGAAGAUACUCACUCGAUACUGGACAAUGUGUUCUGUAUAUCCCCUUUUGGCAUCUCCCUUGGCUGGAGCCAUCAGCACGAGAUGGCCUUAAAAUACUAUGACACAGACCUAUGCAUUCUUCCUUUGACUUCAGAUAUGGCUGUAAACCCGUUUCGGAUCAAAGGCUUUGCACCUGAAGGCUCCCAGCUCCUGCUCCAGUCCGUGCUGGCACUCUACACUCAACAUCAGGUCAACACUGGCACUUCUGUGCCAGCAGAAGCACUAGAAAAGCGCUCGCGAGUAUCCGAUAUGCUCAGUCUGGCACUACAGAAUGGCGAGUCGAGCAAUAAAAGCAGCUGCUUACUAGAGGCCAUACUGAUCCUGAUCACUCUGGAUUGUGCGAUAUCGGCGCUGGGCAACUGGUCAGAGCAUAUUCGCAAAGCAGAAACAGUAUUCGAGGCUUGGGGCGGAGCAUCUGCACUGAACACUCCUCGCCUUCGCGCGCAAGCCAGCAUGCUCGUCUGGUGGGAUGCAACCCUGGCCAUGAUAUCCCGACAAGGCACAAGAUUCAACUCCUCCUAUCUUGAGCAUCUCUACGAAAACGAAGGCCAUGAUGGCUGGUCAUUCUACGAAUUGACCGGCUGUCCUACGGAGCUCAUGAAGCUCCUCGUCCAGCUGACAAAAAUGGCUCGAGAAAAAGAAAUUGCAGCUUCUAUGGAGUUUUUGAACUUUGAUAUGGCUGCAGUCCUGAAUAUUGAACGGCAACUACUAGAAUGGAAGAACGAUCUUGAAGUAGAGACUGACCCUAGACAUUAUCAUGGCAGUCUUCCUAAUCUGGAGGAUGAGGAUGAGGAUGCAAACGGGGAAAGCCCAUGCGAUUCUGAGAGUGAGGAUGACCAAGCAUACUUCGGCCAGAGGAAUAACUACCAUUGCAUGGAAGCCUGGAGGUAUGCACUACUUCUCUACGUCCAGCGGGUCUUCAAGUGGGAUCGUCAAUCACAUCGUCGACCAGCAGCGAUUCUCCCACUCACCUGGAAGGUCCUUGAGCAUUCGCGGAGCUGCCACGAGACAUCCCAGGCGCAAAAGCAGCUCCUCAUCCCCAUGUUCCUUGCUGGUGCAGAAGCUCGCAAUGAGGCGAUGCGGGAUACUGUCCGCUCUUAUUGCCUCUGGUGGGCGGCCAGGAGCCGCUAUGGCAUGUUUUGCAGCGUGUCCAGCGUGCUGGAGGAGUACUGGGAACAAAACCCGUCUGAGUAUGCGAGUCCGCUCUGGUGGGGAUCGUUUCUUGAUAUGAAGUCUCACUCUGGUAGGGACGGAUCGAUGCAAUACCUCUUUGGUUGA